CUCCGAGACUUGUUCUUCUCCUCCUUUUUCUUGGGAGUUGUACAAGUACAGAACACUCGGCAGAAGAGAUGGACCCCGAGGUGCCGGAGUACCUGGGAGCCGGAAUCAGCAGCGACGGCGGCUCGCUGCGCGCGCUCGACGAGUACACCUUCACCCACGAGCUGCUCGAGCUUCUGCACCACGGCGACGCCAGCGCCGGGAGCUCCGCGCACCACGGCUCCCUCGUUGAUGAAAAGCCCUCGCUAAACCUCCCUGCGAAGGAGGUGGCCGGCGACGCCGAGAUGGCGUCGUGGCUCUCCGAGGUAUUCCAGCAGGAGGCCUCUGACCCACAGAUCGCCGCCACAACCACCACCACGAUGAUGACGACCAAGUCGGAGGGAGACAUUACGAUCCAAGGCUGCAGCAGUGGCGCCGGCGCCGCCCUCGGGAACCGCCGCGUCAUGUCCGCCGGAACGCCCGCCGAUGAUACUCCGCGGAGCAGCGGGCGGAGAAGAUCUUGUUCCGGAAAGGCCACGGAGCAGAGGCGACGGGACAAGAUCAACGACAAGAUGAGGACUUUGCAGCAGCUCAUACCCAGGUGCAGCAAGACUGACAAGGCUUCGACUUUGGAGGAGCUCAUCCAGUAUGUGAAAUUACUCCAGCACCAGGUGCAGGUGCUGACGGCCAACGGGUACGCGAUGCCAACGGCGGCGACGAUCCUGCCGCCGCCUGCUGGCGUGGUGCCGCCGUCGUGCAUGCCACUGGCCGCGGGAGACGUCGUGCGUGGGCAGGCGCCGGCGGCGCCGGUGAUGCUCCCGCCGUACCCGUUUAUCCCGGCAGUGUUCGCCUGCCCUCACCACGGACAUGGCACUUCGCCGCCGCAGUAUCGAUAUCCAGCUGGAUCUGGAUCUGCCACGCAGCACCUUGGCCAGCGUCGUCACUCUGGCGACAUGGCCGUGGCAUGCCACAGGUAAGCAGGUUAAACUCACGCGUGGCAGCAGGUCUCUGUCAUGUUUCGCGCAUGCUUUCCCUCGUUCAGGAGCUCACCGAUUUGCUCAACUUAUCUGACAGCACGAGAAGCCAGAAAUGACGUGCACGGCCGGUGGCACGGCGGAGCCUGUCGAGUCCGCGUACCUCGUGUCAGUCGUGUAUGCUUAUGUACGUACUGUACUUAGUACGUACGGCUUGAGGUGUGCUGCAAAAUUUCCAAACAGAAGAGUGAUUGCCUGGGUGUA